AUGCCAUUCCCCGACAUCCCUUCGCCGCAAUACCCUGCGUCUGCAUCAUUUCCAUGUGCCCAACCACCUGCAGGCUCCCCAUCCCUCGCAUCAAAUACGGAAUACAACCCCACGUCCCAGCGGCCGUUCGUUGACUCUGACACCAACAAUUUCGGAGUCUUCCGACGAUACUAUGGCCGGUCCACGCUCCCCCUCGAGACCCCAGAAGAUCACCAAAUUCUCGAGGAUCUGUGCGAUGGGCCUGGGCUCCGUCCUGCUCGCGCCGGCAAUCCCCUGCAAGAGCCCACGCUCCAAUGGAUCGGCAAACCCCAGCAAGAGUGGUACGCUCCUUUCGCUAACCCAACUCAAGCAAAUGUUACCCACUGGCGACAAUCCCUCACCGGCUCUGGCACCAUCUCUCAUCCUAGCUUCGACAAGCUCCUCGAUAUCAUGCACGAUUCCGUCGUCCAUGGAUGGGACCCUUUGGAAGAUGGCUUCAGCUCUCGCAAGUCUGAGAAGCUUCUCGACGAGCCUCUCACGUCCGCCAAUGUCUUCUCCGAAGGCGAUUGGCUGAAAGAUCCUUUCCCGCUCUCUCUCCCGAAGACUGGCUGCAAAAAGGCGGAGGAGGAGAAGAUUCGCAAUCUGCCCCGGAACCCAGCGGACAAGGCCGACAUGGAGUACGGCAUCAUCCCAAUGAUCCUGUGGUCAGAUGCGACACAUCUCGCCAAUUUCAGUGACGCUAAGAUGUGGCCGGUGUACCUCUAUUUCGCGCAUCUGUGCAAGUACACCCGUGGUCGACCUACUGAAUUCACGGCCCACCAUAUCGCAUACAUUCCAUCGCUCCCAGACACUAUUCAAGAAGCGUAUGCAAACAUCUUCGGGAAGCCGCCCACAGAGGAGAUCAUGCGCUUUCUCAAACGAGAUCUGUUUCAGCAGAUCUGGCUCCGUCUGAUGAACACUGAUUUUAUGGAGGCGUACGAGAAGGGGGUCGUCUAUCAGUGCACAGACGGCGUGACUCAGCGGAUGUUCCCGCGUUUGUUUGCGUAUGCCGCUGAUUACCCAGAGAAGAUUCUUGCAACUGCGCUGAAGCCUUUGUCAACGCACCCCUGCCCGACUUGUCUGACAACGAUGGAUCAAUGCUCAGAGGCUGGCUCGCAUGAGGACAUGAAGCGCCGUUCAGAGCUGGCUCGCACUGACGGGCCGGAACUCCACGACGUCAUCACGGCCGCACGAAAACUCCUCUUCAAGGGCUACUCGAUUGUCAGUGACCGUGUUCGAGACUUGCUGAAGCAGUUUUCACUCAACCCAAUCCGAAGCGCAUUUUCUACAAGGCUAGCGCCCCAUGGGGUGAACUCAUAUGAUCUCUUCGCCCCGGAUAUCAUGCAUGAAUUCGAGUUGGGAGUGUGGAAAGGAACCUUUCACCAUGUCAUGCGUAUGCUUGAUUGCCUCGGCAACCCGAUUGUGGAAGAAUUCAACACUCGUAUGCCAACGUUCGGGAAUUAUCGCAUCCGAAAGGUGAUGGGUAACAUAGCCUCUCGGAAAGGGCUAGCUGCGCGCGAUUAUGAAGCUUUCCUUAUCAUGAUGAUGCCUGCAAUGGAAGGCCUUCUCCCACUCAAACAUAAUGAGGUCGUCCAAGAUCUCCUCUUCGAGCUCGCAAAUUUUCAUGCGCUCGGCAAGCUCCAGAGUAUCCGACGCUUCGACGCACUUGCUGCAGCGUCAUACCAGACUGUUGAGCAAGAGCAUGAAGCGCAAACUCGUGUUCGCCGCGCUCAGGCCAAGGAGUCUACCACCACCAAGCGGAAGGCGAAGUCCAAACUUGUCGAGAAGAUCCAUCGCAAGGCUAAAAAGUACACAGUCAUGCAAACGUACAAGUACCACGCUCUUGGACAUUGGGUUCCCUAUAUCCGGCUACGAGGGCCGAUGGAUGUUUAUUCUACGCAAAUUGGGGAAUGUGAGCACAAGCACGUCAAGUUGCUGUUCAGACGGACCAAUCGACGCGGCCACGUCUAUCAGAUCGCGCGCCUCUUCCGUAACGGCACCCGCAUUCGCCAGAUCAACGAACGCAACCCAGCAAAUCAACUGCUACCCAGACAGAGCUCCACGCAGACCCCAACUCAGCCCCCCUCAACGUCUAAUUUGGAUGUCCCGUCGCCUCCGCAAGGCCCACUGUGCGACCCGCAUGAACGCUACGACAUUGCGAAGUCCUCAAGUGACGCGAUCAAGAUUCUGCCGUGGAUACGUUCGCAUUUUGAUGAUCCCGCGGUCAAGGACUUCUAUGUCCGUCUUCGGGAAUAUGUACUAUCGCAAAUCCUCGGUGAACGAGAACAUUGUGCCCAUAACCCCCUCUGGCCUUGGGCGUUCACCCUGGAAGAACACGAAGGGCUGGAGAUCACUGAUCAGCGCAUGUUCUCCCACAAGACCGCUCGCUUCAACUACACGAACUACGCCCUUCGUCGUGAGCAGGACCACAUCAACAUCCGAACGCAUGCCGAUGUCAUCAUGCUUGCCCCUGAAGACUCGUCUCAUCCGUAUUUGUACGCUCGCGUCAUCGGGGUCUUCCAUCUCCAUGCGCGCUACAAUGGCCCUGGAGCGAUGUUGCAAAGCUCAACCCUACGACGCUUCGAUCUCCUUUGGCAUCGUCUCAAGUUUGUCGACCAUGAAGCACACCCAGACCACGCUUUCGGCUUCCAGAAUCUCAACGAUGUUGUCCGUGCGGCGUAUAUCGUGCCCGCCUUCGAUCAUGGCCUGUGUGAUGACGACCUACCCCCGACAUCCCUCGCUCGUGCUGGGUCCAAGGCGCCCUUCUACACAUACUACUACGUCAUGAUGUUUGCGGACCGUGACAUGUACAUGCGCCAUCUGGGUGGAGGAGUUGGCCAUCAAGGCGAAGGAAUCCAUGUGGAGGACUCACAGGAUAACGCGGCGCGAGAUCCACGAAUCCGGCCAUUGCAGUGGGAGCCUACCAGUGGUGCCCGGCUCGUAGGCGACGACAUUGAGCACCCAGAUACAGACGUUGUCUAUGAGGUCAAUUUCUCCUCCGCUGCCACCACCUCUAGCCCCGACAGUGAUUCUGAACAUCCUCCUCAUGCACCACCCGACAACACCCAAGCUCAAGCCUCUCAGCAGGAGAACGUGCCCGAGGCCGGAGAUGCCGCCCCACUUCAAGCGGAGGUUGACGACCUCGAGGAGCGCGAGAAUGUACAUUCCGGAGAGGUUGAGGUUGAAGAUGAAGACGCAUGCUGGGUGAACGACGGCAAAGAUAUUGAUGAGGUCGAGAUCCUUCAGGAUCUCGAUGGCUGUGGUGACGAAGAAGACCAUGACGCUGAGCCGGAGGACGAGUACGAUAUAACGGGCCAUGCUCGCUGGUGA